CUUCAUAUCGACGAUGAAGCUGGCGAACUCGCAGCUCAGGCACUAGCCACUGGUCCUGCAGAGACAGAGAUUUCUAAUAGAGUCUUGAGAAAGGUUGAUCUGUACAUCUUGCCCUUCCUUUGCAUUACUUAUGGCCUUCAAUUUCUCGACAAAACAACACUUGGAUAUUCCAGCGUCUUUGGAAUCAUCACAGAUAAUCAUCUUGUGGGACAGGACUACUCGUGGACUUCUUCAAUCUUCUAUUUCGGAUACAUGUUUGCCGAGUAUCCAGGUGUAGCUCUUCUCCAACGAUUUCCCAUUGCCAAAUUC